GCCUGGGAGUGGGGCCAUGUGGGGACCCCACAAGUGGCUGGAGUGUAGCAAGAGUUUGGGGGGAAGCCCAAGGAGGUCUCAGACAGGGACAGGGGAUCCCUGUCCUGGGCUGGGGGCUGCCCCCUUCCCUGGCCUGGCUCCUGCCGCCCGUGCCGCCGGUGAAAUGCUGUUGACAUGUCCUGAAUUAUUAAGCACGGGGUGGGCUCCGGAGCACAUGCUGAGCGGAGCGGCUGGGGCUGCGCGGCGUGGCGGAGCAGCUCUCGCUCCCUCGCUCACUCGCUCGCUCGCAGGGACACACGCAGGGGCUGACAGCUGUGCUGGUGCUGAUAAGGGAAGCCACAAGGAGACGAUCGAGGAGAGAGACAAGCGGCAGCAGAGGCAGCAGCGGCAGAGGCAGCACCAGGGCUGCGGAGCUGCUGGGAGUGGGAGUGACUCCCCCACCUCAGGCCCCCACCCUGUCCCCGUCCCUCCCAUUGCCCUGAGUUUAGAAGAGCAGCCGCUGCCACCGCCGCCACUCCGGAGGGCACCGGGGGCUGCUGGCCAGGGAGGGAGGGGCAGGGAGGCUCCGGCCAGUCCCAGCAGCCGGGGACAGAUGCCGAUCGAGAUUGUGUGCAAAAUCAAAUUUGCAGAGGAGGAUGCGAAACCUAAGGAGAAGGAGGCAGGGGAUGAGCAGAGCCUCCUGGGGGCUGCGCGGAGGGCAGCAGCCCCCCGGGACCUGGCCACCUUUGCCAGCACCAGCACUCUGCACGGGCUGGGCCGGGCCUGUGGCCCAGGCCCCCAUGGACUGCGCAGAACCCUGUGGGCACUGGCCCUACUCAGCUCGCUGGCUGCCUUCCUGUACCAGGCGGCUGGUCUGGCCCGGGGCUACCUGACCCGGCCUCACCUGGUGGUAAUGGACCCUGCUGCCCCAGCCCCAGUGGCGGGCUUCCCAGCUGUCACCCUCUGCAAUAUCAACCGUUUCCGGCAUUCGGCACUCAGCGACGCCGACAUCUUUCACCUGGCCAACCUGACCGGGCUGCCCCCCAAAGACCGGGACGGCCACCGUGCUGCCGGCCUGCGCUACCCGGAGCCCGACAUGGUAGACAUCCUCAAUCGCACUGGCCACCAGCUUGCCGACAUGCUCAAGAGCUGCAACUUCAGUGGGCACCACUGCUCCGCCAGCAACUUCUCUGUGGUCUAUACUCGCUAUGGGAAGUGUUAUACCUUCAAUGCGGAUCCACAGAGCUCACUGCCCAGCCGGGCAGGGGGCAUGGGCAGUGGCCUGGAGAUCAUGUUGGACAUCCAGCAAGAGGAGUACCUGCCCAUCUGGAGAGAGACAAACGAGACAUCGUUUGAGGCCGGCAUCCGAGUACAGAUCCACAGCCAGGAGGAGCCACCCUACAUCCACCAGCUGGGCUUCGGUGUGUCCCCAGGCUUCCAGACCUUUGUGUCCUGCCAGGAACAGCGGCUGACCUAUCUGCCCCAGCCCUGGGGCAACUGCCGGGCGGAGAGUGGGCUCAGGGAGCCUGAGCUUCAGGGCUACUCAGCCUACAGCGUGUCUGCCUGCCGGCUGCGCUGUGAAAAGGAGGCUGUGCUUCAGCGCUGCCACUGCCGGAUGGUGCACAUGCCAGGCAAUGAGACCAUCUGCCCGCCAAAUAUCUACAUCGAGUGUGCUGACCACACACUGGACUCCCUGGGCGGGGGCUCCCAAGGCCCAUGUUUCUGCCCUACCCCCUGCAACCUGACCCGCUACGGGAAAGAAAUCUCCAUGGUCAGGAUCCCCAACAGGGGCUCGGCCCGGUACCUGGCAAGAAAGUACAACCGCAACGAAACCUACAUACGGGAGAACUUCCUGGUCCUAGACGUCUUCUUUGAAGCCCUGACCUCUGAGGCCAUGGAGCAGCAAGCAGCCUAUGGCCUGUCAGCCCUGCUGGGAGACCUCGGGGGACAGAUGGGCCUAUUCAUUGGGGCCAGCAUCCUCACACUGCUGGAGAUCCUCGACUACAUCUAUGAGGUGUCCUGGGACCGACUGAAGCGGGUGUGGCGUCGUCCCAAGACCCCCCUCCGGACCUCCACUGGAGGCAUCUCCACUUUGGGGCUGCAGGAGCUGAAGGAGCAGAGUCCGUGCCCAAGCCGGGGCCAUGCGGAAGGUGGGGGUGCCAGCAGCCUGCUCCCCAACCACCAUCACCCACAUGGCCCCCCAGGGGGCCUCUUUGAAGACUUCGCUUGCUAGGAUGGUGCUGUGUCCAAAAGGACCCAGGAGUCUGGGUCCCCUCCCUGGAUCCCCACCAUAGUCUCCUCCUGCUCCUGGGACAGAAUAUCUGGGGGCAGUGAGAGGGCGGUGCUCAUUGGGAGGGUGGGGACUCAGUUCCUGCUCUUGCCUACCCUGGCGCCAGCUGCUUUGCACAAAGGUCCCUCUUGUCCACACCAUCCACCCCUAGGCUGUGCCCAGGGAGGGCUGGAGACCAGGCCAUGGGCCCCUGUGGAGGGGAGUGUAGGGAAGGAGAGAGGGAGGUGGAAAAGGGGGCCCAUCCCAACCAGAGUGGAAUCCUCUGUACAUUUGUAUAUAUUUAGGGAGGACAGGGUGGGGGUGGGGGUAAAGAUGUAGAAGGUAAGUGGGGCUAUGGGGUGGGUAAUUUAGGGACAGCCAGGGUCCCAGCCCUCGAGUGUCAGCAGGAGAGGGCAGGCCCCCAGGACUCAGGACUGCUGGGCUGGUCCUACUUCCUGCCCCUCUCCAGUCCCAGCUCCCCUUUUGGCAGGGGGAGUGGGUGGCCCAGCAGGCCUGGCCCAGUUCCCAGUUCCCCCUGCUCCAACCCCACUUCCAGAGUCCCCUCCACAGGGAGAGGUAGAUCUUUCAGACCUUGUCUGAGUUUGGGGGUGGGGAAGGGGGCGUCUCAGGCCUCUCUGCCUCCAGUCUGGUUUUAUAAAGUGCUGAACAAAAUUGGGAAUAAAGAGGCAUAAAGAAUUCUCUGUGUGUAUAUGUGACUAAGCUGGGAGCUGGGGUGGGGCUGGGCAUAUGCAUGACUUGGUACCUGGGAAAAGGAAAUCCAGGCCCCAGCCAGGACAAGGGAACCAUCCAUCCUCAAAGCCCUCCCUGCCCCCAAGUCUACCUUUCAAAAAUUCAGAACUACUAGUCCACACUCAGACAGUUUAUUAAAGGCAAGGAGCUUUAUCAGGAGUGCAGAGAGAAGCUGAGAGACACCCUACCCUCCUCUCUCAGCUCCCCAGUUCUCCAACAACUCAUCUACAGCCCAGCACCCCGGGGUGACCCUAGGAAGCAGGGCUGGCGUCAGGCAGACUGCACUGCAUAAAUAUUCGGAGGCCACAGCCUGAAUCAGCAGCGUCAAGGGGGCAGGGAGUUGUGGUUGGGCAGAAAAG